UUGGUAAAGAGUCUAUCACUCCUCAGAGACUGGGCUGGGAUCUGCUAAAUUUCAUAUAUCCUGUAACUGUGGUGUUACUGUUACUGUAUACCUAUGUAUAUGAAGUGGUAUCAUGUCAGUGGAAACUCAAUGUUAGGACAGACACGAGGAGCAUUACAGAGAUUCCAAUAGUUACAGCAAUGACAGUGGUGCCAGCAGCGAAAAUCAUCAGUAACAAUACAAUAACAUCAUCAUCAGGGGCAGUAACAAUCCCAACUACUACAACAACGACUUUCAAUCCGUAUUUACCAGGGCCCCCUUACGGACCUCACUCAGCAUCAGGGAGCACUUUAUCGCCAAAAAAUAAGACAUUAACUGAUGGAGUUGGGAUCCCAGAUGUGAAUGAUGCUGUGUGUGAACAUAUAAUUACAACAUAUAUUAUACCAAAUUUCUUGCAUUUUGUUGCAUUUGUUAUGGGAUAUUUCUACUUUCGUAUCCAAGACAACGAGCAACUGUAUGCUUUGAUGGAGAAGGUGUUUCUCCAAGCUGGCCCAUCACAGGGCAAAGUGGCAUCACAGUCAAAUAUGAUCAAAAGACUGAGGUUAUUCCUAGCUCUGGGUGCAGUGUGGGUGCUGGCGGUCAUGGCUCUGCAGGUGCUUUUUGUGGCAGUGUUUGGAAUUGACCAGAGAAAUGUGCUGUCCAGGGCUGGAAUCCUGGGCCAGUGGAUCCUUUUUGGCAUAGAGCUGGUGGGAAUUAUUAUUGUGAACUCUGUGAAUCUUGCAGUGAUUAUAAACUUUGCUACACAGUGUGAAAUGCUGAUAUUUUUCAUCAAAGGAAUCAGUACAAAAUUGCAGGAGAAAUCCAUGGAUUUGAAGUCAGCUAUGAAGGAUGUCCUGAUGGUCAGACACUCCAUAGGGUCACUGAAUGGACCCAUGUCACAGAUGACCUCUCUGGCCGCUAUAAGGUUUGCUGAACUGACUAUCAUUGCAGUGAAUGGUGUACAGUUGCAGGAUACAGUAAUACAUCAGUUGUUGACUGGUCUGACUCUGAGACUGCUUCAGAAUGGGACACCAUAA